AUGGCUUGUGUUGGGCAUGUGUGAACAUAUGAUCUUUUAAAUUGCCAUUACGAUUGAAUCCUUUGAAGCAUAUUUUGCAUUGUUGAAAAACGAAAAUGUUCACCUGGACACAUGGGUGGAUCUUCGUCCAUAUUUGUGUUCCAUGCACGAAGAAACACCCUGUGGCUUAUAGUAUAAACCAUGAAAAGGAUUAGAAGAAACGCGAUUAUUUAGAUAAAAAAAGAACACGUCGUGGUUGCUAUUAACGAGGGGAAUGUUACAAUUCGUUUCAUUUUGUGAGACAUUACGCUGGCUGUUUUAACAUGAUGAUCGAAUGAUCUCUCAAGUUUGUUCAAUGGCCUCUGUGGAUGAAGCGAAUAUUGAUGGACAAAAUGAAAACAUGAAUAGCCGAUUGCCACAGCCGGAACACGAGUCUGUCGAGAUGGUACACAACAGAAAUAAUCCUGCUUACAUGACCUAUCAACGAGAUAUUAGACCAAAACAAAUAGUUGUCGAGCACAAUGUUGGAACUCCACCUCUCAAGACCAUCAAGACCGAAACCUUGGCUAAUGGACAAAACGGUUAUCCGGUGUCAUCUAUCCAUCACAAUCCUGUGAUAUCAUCUGCUCCCUCAUCAGGCCAGUUCAUUCAUAACAAGGUUUCACCAAACAAUCCAUUAAGUAAACUUCAUGAACUCAACAAAAAUAUCACGCCCACUUCAUUUAAGACAAGUAGUCCACAAUCAAGCUCGUUUGCUUCAAUUGUUCAUUCAAAACAUCCUGUUACAUUAUCCAAUGCUACUGUUUCUCCUUUUGCAACCCCACCUGGCUAUCAGACAAUAGCUCCUAAGAAACCUCCAUUUGAUGCCAAUUCAAUGAAUGCUAUGAAUGCUAUGGCUAACCGUGAACUUACCGGUGGGAAAGUUCGACAACUUGGUGUGGCAUCUCCUUUGCAAAACAACCAAGAUGUUCUACGAACAAACAUUAUAAAUGAUGGGGGGGAACAAGUUCAAAAUGAUUAUGCUCUGUUAGGUUUAGAUUGGAAAGAUGGUGUGGCAGACUUGCCAGGAAGUAAAGUGAAAUUCAAAAUGACCGAGUUUGGUUUGGAGGUCAUCAGUACAGUGGAAAAUGAAGAUGGCAAACCAGUGGAGUUCAGCACUUCAACAAGUGAUAAAAACUUGAAAAAAGAAUCACCAACAAAUGACAUGGGAGAUGAGAAAAAAGUUGAAGAAUCCACAUCAAAGACAUUGCUAGACGGACCUCCAGACUCCAAUGAAUUUUGUUGUUGUGAAAUUUGUGGUAAAUAUGGUUUAAGAUCGGAGUUUGGUGCCUCUGGUCGUUUUUGUGGUUUAACAUGCGUUGGUGUGUACACUGGUCGUCGGAACAAGGGAGGUGAAGUAUACAAAUGGGGUUCUAAGGUAUUGGAUGGAAAAGUUGUGAAACGAAAGAAAAGAAAGGGACGUAAGCUCACUAUCGUUAAGCAGUCAUCAAUGAAUGGGAAGAUUAAAGUGGCCGGACAGAGCGGAACACCGGAAAUUCAAGGAAGUAAAAACAAAGGAAAACUGGAAUAUUUUAAUUCAACUAUGGAUUCCUCUCAACCACCUAAACCCUUCAACUGGGCAGAAUAUUUGGAACGAACUGGUUCUCAGGCAGUAGAUGUAUCGUGUUUUACGCAAGAAAAUCCUGGAAAGGAGCUCUUCAUCGGUCCCGCAAUUGAAUUUCAAAAGGAUAUGAAACUGGAGGCCAUCGAUCCUAAACAUCCAUCGUAUUUUUGUGUUGUAACUGUGGCGGAAGUGAAAGGAGCCAGAUUACGAUUACAUUUCGAUGGUUGGUCGGAAAGUUACGACUUCUGGGCGAAUGCCAACUCUGAUUUCAUUUUUCCAGUUCACUGGUGCUCAAAAAAUGGACAGAUUUUAAAUCCCCCACGAAGUAUGACAACAAGUAAUUUUUCUUGGGAGAAAUAUCUUCAAGAUACGAACGCAACUCCGGCUCCUGAACAUCUUUUUAAAGAGCCUGGUGCAACGCUUCACGGUUUCAAGGAAAACAUGAAACUUGAAGCUAUCGAUCGAAAGAAUCCCGAUCUCAUCUGCGUGGCGACGGUUACAAACGUUUUGGGAAAUCGUUUCCUCGUUCAUUUUGAUGAGUGGGACGAUACCUACGAUUACUGGUGUUACGAAGAUUCGCCAUACAUUCAUCCUGUCGGUUGGUGCAACACGCAAGGUAGACGGCUUACUCCACCUAAUGAUGAUGAAGUGGACUCCUUCGUCUGGGCUCAAUAUCUACGAGCAACUGGAUGUAAAGCUGCAUCUCCUGAUCUAUUUAAAAAGCGAGCACCGACGUCUUUCAAAGUUGGUCAAAAACUCGAAGCCGUUGAUAAACGUAAUCCAUCCUUGAUCCGAGUUGGAACGAUAGCCGCUGUUGAUGGAUUUAAGAUUAAGAUCAGUUUCGAUGGAUGGGAUUCUGUGUAUGAUGACUGGUUUGAUUCAGACUCCACUGAUCUUCAUCCGAAAGGAUGGUGUGAAAAAAGCAGUUAUCCUUUAGAAGCACCCAUCACUGAUGUCGACAAGUUAAAUACAGCUUCAUGUCCAACACCAGGAUGUCGUGGUAUUGGUCAUGUUAAAGGUGCUAAAUACACAACACAUCAUAGUCAGUUUGGUUGUCCAUAUUCUCCUCAAAACCUAAGCAAGGAGUCGUGUCUUGUUGACCGUCUUGCGGCCAAUUCCAUGGCUGAAGACUCCGAUUGGUCUUACGAAAGACGCAAGAAUUCUUUUGGGAAACAAAGCAAAUCUGCAUCUCAACAAAACAGUAACAAUAACUCAACUCCAGAAACUAAACCACCCUCCCCAGGCUACGCUGCUGGACUCGGCGUAUGUCCUACGCCGGGCUGUAAUGGUAAAGGUCACGUGACAGGUCGAUUUAGCACCCAUCACAGUGCGUCUGGUUGUCCCAUGAAUGAGAUGAACCGUGACAAAAUGUAUAAACCAAUUCUUCCUAAAUCACAUCCAAGUUAUCAGAAGUCGUUCAUGAAAGGACACAAGUCAUCCAGAAAUAUCAUUGCAACAAGAAGCAAUCAAAAACCAGAAAUACUCUCGUAUAAAACACGAAGUAAGCAUGACCAAGGAAUUCAAGUCGAAAAUUCUCCAAGACCAAAACCUGUCGCGAACGGUCAUGAAGUAAAUGGUGGCCAACAAUCUUCAAGAAAUUUACUUUCAUACAGUUUGUAUAACAAUGUAUACAAUUCCGGCCUUAGCCCUCAUGUAAGCCACGGUUCUCGCUCUAACGAACGAAACGAUGUCCUAGCUUGGACCUGCGAGCAGGUUGCAGAACAUAUAAAAUCUAUAGGCUGUUUAAGCCAGGCGCAGGUUUUUAUUGAUCAGCAAAUCGAUGGUGAGGCAUUUCUUCUUCUUCAACAAGCUGACCUUGUGAAUAUUUUGAACAUCAAGCUUGGCCCGGCUGUUAAAAUCUAUUGUAGCAUUCAGAAGUUUUUAUGAGAAAACAUGAAUGGUCGUAGGUGGCUUGCGACGAGCAAAAUAGCACACAAGGGAUUCAACUGCACAAUGGUGUUGGGCGUGUAAAUGUGUUAGAGGCCUGGGGCCAGUUACACGAAGCUUGGAGAGCGUUAUCCAUUGGAUUGUAAAUUUUUUAAACUUGUGAAGAAAAGGUGUUCGUAUUUUCGUUGUGAGAAAGAAGUUUAUUAAUCUUAGAAGUAUUAUUUUAUUUCAGUGAUUGCUCACUUCACACCUUAUAUUUUUCCUUUUUAAGAAGUUUUUUAACCGUUUAAAAAAAUUUGUUAUCCAAUGGAUAACGCUAUCCAUGCUUCGUGUAACCGACCCCUCUUUCAUACGUCGUAUUUUACAUGAGGAAUGCUAUCUCAUUUCGUCUGUUUUUAAUGCAUUCGACGCAUGUAGAAUGAGCUGUUUAAAAUGGGCCUAAGAUCUUUAACACCUUCAAAACUUAUCUUGCUCAUUGUCAUUUCAUGAAUGGGGAUUUCUUAAACUUCAUCACAUUCUCAUAAACGGUUUAAAUUAAACUUUCGUAGCUCACACCAUUCAUAAUGGAAGAUGAGAAUGGUAAAGUAACACAAGCUGUCUUCACAAUUUCUACAUUGAUAAUUAUUUUUGCAUGAAUAUUGUGUGUAUAGUUAGUAUUGUCGUCCAUAUUUACAUACUUCGUAUUUGUAACCUUUCUCAGCGUUGUGUAUGCACAGUAUGUUUAAAUUCGUAUGGUUGACAACGAUACAUUUGAUUGGGUGACAAAAUUUUAGAUAAUAAUUGUAUAAUGUAGGUAGGCAAUUGAUAUCUAUGGAUUCUAUCAGACAAAAACAAAUUUGAAAUUUUACAACUGCAA